AUGGGAGCCCCACUUGGCAUGAUCAUCUACGCUUCAGUGAAGCCCAUCUUCAAGAUAUAUUUCAUUAUAGGCAUAGGUUUUUACUUGGCCCGAAGAAAUAUCCUUACAGUGACAACUUGCCGAGACAUUUCAGAUGCCAUCGUCACGGCGAUCAUGCCGUGCUUGAUUUUCAACAAUGUCGUGACUAACCUCAAGAGCUCAGACAUCAAGAACAUUGGCAUUAUCUUCUUUGAAGGCACUAUCUUGUUUGCAGUGGGCGCUUUGUGUUCGCUUGUGACGUACUACGUGUGCAGAUCCCCCAAACGCUGGUUUGGCGGGUUGAUCUCGGUGGGUUUGUUUCCCAACAUUUCGGAUCUACCCAUUGCAUAUUUGCAAACGCUCUCAAAAACAGGAUCCCUUUUCUCUGCUGAGGAAGGCGACAAGGGUGUGGCUUAUGUUUGUAUCUUCUUGGCGUCGCAGGUUUUCUACCAGUUUUCGCUAGGCUUGUUUCGACUCGUCAGGUACGAUUUCAGAGAUGAGCUCGACAGAAAACCGCUUGACGAAGAAGAAGAGAUAGAUACCACACAAUUGCAUUCGACGUCGUCAAAUUCACCUCAUACAACAAAAGAACACCACCAUGAAAGCCUGGCAUCUGACGAAGAGUCCGCAAGCUCCGAGGAGCACCAAGGAGAACCGCAAACUCUUUCUGGAGAGCUGCUGGAAAGCCGCCAACAUGGCGAGUUCCUCAUGCAGCGUGAUCAGGAGAAUCGUUCGGUGAGCCACUCAAUGAAUUCAAACGAUUUGGACUCAAUAGACUCCUCAAUGAGACAGCGGCGUGGUACCAACACCUCAAACGCUACAAUGUACUACUCUUUGCAUCAAUCUACGUCGAGAUCGGCAGAUUUGAGAAGAGCAAAAUCUCAAGAUGUCGAGGAUGUGAUUCACGAGUACUCUGAGUUUGAGAGACUCAAGACUAACGAGGCCAGAAGCACCCAUUCAGGUGUCAGCGAAAUAGGCAUUGAGAUAGAACCUCUUGGGAGAAAAGAGCAACUGGAAAAGGAAGAAGACAUAACUAAGUCACCUUCUCGAACAAUGAGAUACUGGAAAAUGUUUCUCAACACCAUUGUGAAUUUCAAGGCUCCAAACUCGGUGUCCUUGAUCGUGUCGCUUAUCAUUGCCAUGUCACCACCUCUCAAAGCCCUCUUUGUGAAGAGUAACUUUUACAUGCCCAGCGCACCUGACGAGAUGCCUCCAUUGUCUUUCCUCAUGGACCUUGCAAGUUACGUGGGUGCGGCAUCAGUCCCGCUCGGUUUGUUGCUUUUGGGAGCCACCAUUGCUCGGUUGAAAGUGAACCUGAUCAUCCCAGGCUUCUGGAAAACCAUCUUGGCUGUCACUGCCAGCCGAUUGAUCAUCAUGCCCAUUUUUGGCGUGGGCUUCACUACAGGACUAUACAAAGCAGGGUGGUUUGGCGAUGAUAAGCUUGUGCGCUUUGUGAGCGUACUAGAGUUUGGCUUGCCCAACGCUACUGCUUUGGUGUAUUUUACAGCAUUCUACACUGAUCCCAACUCUCCCGAGCACCUCCAGAUGGACUGCUUGGCCAUGGUGCUUUUGGCACAAUACUCAAUUCUUUUCAUCACUUUACCCUUCCUCAUCACAUUCACAAUGAAGGUUUCCCUCGGUUUUUAG